GCAUGGCGGUAUCGCUGGGCCAAGGGAACUAACUAAAAUAUUAAUACAGACGGCUAGGUAGCGUCAAGCAUUUUUGUCGAUGUGUGCAGUAAGUAGUCCCAAUGGCGAUCGUAGAGAAAGUCGUGUAUUUCUUGUCGGAAUUGGACACUUUUCUAGUCCUGUGUACCGUUAUUACAUUCCUCUUGACGGCACUGAUUUACCGACGAAUCUCAUACAAUAGGAAAUACAGCUGGCCACCUGGACCGAAAGGAUGGCCCCUCAUUGGUUGUAGUCAGAUGAUAGCAAUCAACUCGGGACAAACAACCGCCAAUAUCACCAAGAUUGGAAAACAAUACCAUCCUGACUUGUUCACCCUCCCGACGUUUGCUGGCAAACGCAUUGUUGUUCUAAACAGCUUAAAGGCCAUUAAAGAUGCCUUUUUAAGACAAGCUGCUCACACGUCAGGACGUCCAGACAGCUGGCCGUUCACGUAUGUCAACGAAAAACACAAAAAUCUCGGUUUGUUCUUUGAGACGUAUUCUGCCUCGUGGAGAAGAGAGAAGAAAUACAUGGUCCGCACAAGUCGCCAUUUUGGCUACGGUAUCACCAAGUCCCAAGACAUCGUCCACCGUGAGGCAAAUCAUCUCGUGGAAUUGGUCAAGAAGAGGAAGGGUCAACCGUUUCAUUUAAUCUCCCCUCUUACUCUCUGCAUGUUGAAUGUGACCUUCUCAAUGGUCUUCAAUACCACUUAUGAGGAAGAUGAUGACGAGUUUGGACAGUUUCUCUUAGAUUUCAUGAUGUGGUUUGUUGAGAUCUUUAAGCUCUACGACCUGGAGCCAAUCUUGCCUGUGUUGGACAAGUUCGGCCUAAACACCACUUUGACCAGAGGCAAGGAAAUGACCGUUAGAAUAUCAAAAUUCAUCAUGGACCACAUCAACCAUCAUAAAGCGACGGUCGAUUUCAACCACCCUCGGGAUAUGAUAGACGAAUGCCUGAUCGAGUUAGCCAAGAAUGACCCAAACAGUGACCUUCGUGAGUUUAAUGAUGAGAAGUUCAUGUGGAUGUUCUUUAACCUGAUCCCCGAGCAAGGAGACACGGCUCCAUCGAUCUUUAACUUCUUGAUGCUCGCCACCGCUGUCUACCCAGAGAUUCAGCAGCGAGUCUUUGAGGAGAUACAACAUGUGAUUUGUGACCGGGAUCCCACGUUGGAUGACAGGGGCAAGCUGCCUUACACUGAAGCUGUGAUCUUAGAAGUCCUUCGCAUGGACACACCCUUCUGGCUCUUAAUUCCGCAUCACACUCAACAAGACGUAGACAUUCUUGGAUUCAAGAUUCCCAACGAUACCACAAUCAUUCCUAACAUCUAUGCCGUCCACUACGACCAAGAUCUUUGGGGUGAUCCUGAGAACUUCAGGCCUGAGAGGUUCAUUGAUAAGGAAGGAAAACUCUCUAGGCCAGAGUACCUGAUACCAUUCUCAAUUGGGCAAAGACAGUGCUUUGGCGCGCAGAUGGCGCAGAAAGAGUUCUUCAUCUUCUACAUCUCCCUGGUGCAAAAGUUCAAGUUGAAGCUCCCAGACGGUGAUCCAGUACCCAAAGUGGAAGCUCAAUGGCUGUGGGUGUCUCCACCUGAGUAUCGUUUGCAAGCAGAGCUCAGAGAAUAGACGUCGACGGUGACGCAGCUCUAUUAACAGUUUCAAUUCACUGAGGCAAGAUGCGAUUUAGCAUAAAAACGUAACAUCAUCCUGGGAAUGAAAACGAUGCCACAAAUGGCUUCGUUGUAUGCUGAUCUUUGUUUGUGUUUGGCUCUUUAUACUCCUGGUUCCGCCAAGUGCUACUAAAUUCUUAAAAACUAAUAAUGAUUUGUUUGUUUGUUUUAAAAAUGAUUUAAGAAGAUAGUGUUGGUUCGGAGGCGGUUGUGUUUUCCUGGUCUUAAAGGCAGUGGACACUAUUGGUAAUUACUCAAAAUAAUUAUUAGCAUAA